AUGGGGUUCACACGCCUUGCUGUGGUGCUGUCUGUCACCAUGAUCCACCUUGUUUCAGGGAUGAGCUUUAUGACUCCUGAGCCUGAUACACCACCAACAUCAACCCCAGACUCUUACCCACUGGGAGACCUGAUCCAUGCUGCCCUGCAGAGUAAAGAGUACUUAGGACAGGCUCCUGCAGGCACAGGUACCACCACCAACCCGACGCAGGCCGUACCUCGACUUGGGCACACUGAGUCCGCGGCGACGGCCAUAUCUCCAGGGCUCCUCACCACAGCUUUAAGCUCCUCCUCUGCAGCAAGCCAGCCAGGAUCCAGGAAUACCAUGUCCUCGCUGCCCGUAGAGGAGGAGACCACCACCACUCUGAUCACCACCACCACCAUAACCACCAUGCACAUGCCAGUACAAUGCAACGCCACUUUGUCAGCCAUGGAAGAUGUUGUCGAGUCACCAGAUCCUGCAUCGUCAUCAUCUUUUUCCCCUUUGGAGUGCACCUACAGCAUUACUGUGUAUGCAGGGUAUGGUGUGGAAAUUCAGGUGAGGAAGGCCAAUCUCUCCAAGGAGGAGUCUCUGACCAUCAUGGGCUACGGAGGUUCAGGACCGGAGCUGUUAGCCAACGAGACCCUGAUGAAGGAGGGCCAGGUGAUCCGCAGUACGACCAACCAGGUGUACAUUCACUACCGCAGCCUCCGACAGACCAACCAUGGCAUGUUCAGCCUCCACUAUCAAGCCUUCCUGCUCUCCUGCCCCUUCCCUCUGUCCCCUGAGGGCGGCGGAGUGACGGUGACGGACAUCCAUCCUGGAGGUCAGGCCCACUUCCACUGUGACCCGGGUUUCCAGGUUCGAGGCCAUGAGGUGGCAACGUGUGUGAACACAACGCAGCCCCACUGGAGCACCGCUGAGCCGCAGUGUGUCGCUGUGUCUUGCGGAGGGUGGAUUCGUAAUGCAACUGUGGGACGGAUCCUGUCUCCACCGCCUCCAUCUGUCAGCAACCACAGCAAUGGAAAUAAUCUGAGCUGCCACUGGUUGAUAGAAGCCAAAGAGGGACACAGACUCCACCUACACUUUGAGAGGAUUGCACUGGAUGAAGACGACGACAAGUUAAUUGUGCGCAGUGGAAACAGUUCCCUGUCUCCGCCGCUCUUUGACUCGGACCUGGACGACGUCCCAGAACGUGGGCUGCUGAGUGAGAGCUCCACGCUGUACCUGGAGCUCACAGCCGACUCCUCCUCCAUCCCUCUGCUGCUGGCGCUGAGAUACGAGGCGUUCGAUGAUGAGCACUGCUGGGAGCCCUACAUGCCUCAUGGGAACUUCAGCAGCAGCGACAUCACGUAUCAGCUGGGCACCACCGUCACCUUCACCUGCUCUCCAGGCUUCGUCAUGGAACAAGGGUCGGGCACCAUCGAGUGUGUCGACCCCAGCAAUCCCCACUGGAACGACAGUGAGCCUGUGUGCAGAGCUCUGUGUGGAGGGGAGCUGACCGAGCCCGUCGGUACCAUCCUGUCUCCUGAUUGGCCCCAGAGCUACUCCAAGGGGUUGGACUGUGUGUGGCAGAUCCAUGGAAACGAGGAGAAACGCAUUGAACUGGACGUCCAGAUCUUAAACAUCCGCCACACUGACGUGCUAACAGUUUUCGACGGCCGUGAUCUCAUGUCCCACGUCAUCGGCCAAUACCUGGGUUCCAGGGAGCGUUUCCAGGUCGUGUCGGGAGGGUCGGAGGUCACCAUUCAGUUUCAGAGUGAUCCUGAUGAUUCCAGCUUCAUCCUGAGUCAGGGAUUCCUCAUCCAUUAUCGCGAGGUCGAGCCCAAUGACACCUGCCCUACCCUCCCUCAAAUUGAGUUCGGCUGGAUCAGCUCGUCCCACUCGUCCCCCGUCAGAGGCAGUGUGCUGACCUAUCAGUGCCAACCAGGAUAUGACAUUAGUGGCUCUGACAUCAUCACCUGCCAGUGGGACCUGUCCUGGAGCAGCAGUCCACCUACCUGUGUUAAAGUCCAGCAGUGUCCUGAUCCAGGCGAGGUGGUGAACGGAGCGCGCUCAGUCCGUCCUGAGGCCGGUUUUGCAGUCGGGACAGUCGUCUCUUUCUCUUGCAACCAGGGUUAUCAGCUGGAAGGUCCCAGCCAAAUCUCCUGCCAUGGACGAGACACCGGCACCCCUAAGUGGAGCGACCGCAGCCCAAAGUGUGUCUUAAAGUAUGACCCGUGCCCAAACCCUGGAGUCCCCGACAACGGUUACCAGACCUUGUACAAGCACAGCUACCAGGCCGGAGAAACGCUGCGUUUCUUCUGCUAUGAGGGCUACGAACUGUUCGGCGAGGUCAUUAUCAGCUGCGUUCCUGGCCAUCCGUCUCAGUGGAACAGCCCGCCGCCUUUUUGCAAAGUGGCAUAUGAGGAGCUUUUGGAUGAUCACAAAUUGGAAGUGUCCCAGUCAUUCGAGCCGUCCCAUCAGAUCCUGAGUGAGAACAUUGCUCUGGCAAUAAUUCUGCCAAUCAUCCUGGUCAUCCUUCUGAUCGGAGGAAUUUACAUGUACUAUACAAACAUUUGCAGACUAGAAUGGAAGCCGCUCUUCUGGAAGUCUCUUUCUCACACACACUCCUACAGUCCGAUUACAGUCGAGUCCGAUUUCAACAAUCCUCUUUACGAAGCAGGGGACACGCGGGAGUACGAAGUAUCCAUUUAAAGGAGGAAACGCUCUGGUGAGAGUUAAAAACCACAGCAAAAUUAAAUUCUUUGGGCAGACAAAUUCCUUGGUAUUAAAAGGCCUCAAGCCCCCUUUUUAUCAUUCAUUUUUAAAAAUAUCUUUGUGUAUAUCUGGUUUAUCAAUAGUGGAAGUGCUUUAUUUGGAUUUGUUGCACUGAUGUGGUGAUCUGCCAAAUGUGAGUCCGACUACAUGAUCCAACUUUCUGUAUCAUUCGGACUGGUGCCUUAUGAAGGGUAAGGAAGUGACAACAAGAAUAAACACAAGUGUAGGAGAAGAACAGGAGACAGGCAAAGGGU